AAGCUUGUAGUUAACUUCAGAUCAUUACAUACACAAUACAAAAUUUGAAACAUGGCUUCUACGAGAUUUGCUGUUGUUGAAGUUAGCGAUUAUUUAUCGAAAAAACAAGCUUCUGAUCCUGAAUUAGCGGCAGAUUGGGCAAAAUUGGAAGAACUUUAUACUAAAAAAUUAUGGCAUCAACUAACUUUAAAAUUACAGGAAUUGGUAAAUUAUCCAUCUCUAAGGACAGGAGACAAUUUAAUACAGCUAUACAACAACUUUAUAACUGUAUUUGAAAAUAAAAUCAAUCCAUUGUCUUUGGUAGAAAUAGUAGCUCAUGUGGUGGAACAGUAUGCAGAUAAGAAGGAAGCUAUCGCUUUCCUGGAGAAAAUUGAGGCCAAGGUUAAAAUGAAUGAUGAAGCUUUGGCUCUUUGCAAGGUUCUUCAAGGUCAGAUAUAUCUGGAACAGCUCAAUGAUUUAGAUGCUACAGAGAAAAUCAUUGAACAAUUGGAAGGCACUUUGGAAGAUGCUGACGGUGUCACACCAGUCCAUGGUAGAUUCUACAAAUUAGCUUCGGAAUACUACAGAGUACGUGGUCCUAUGGCUCGUUACUAUCGUGCAGCGCUGCGGUAUGUGGGUUGUGCGCGCGGUGGCGAAGACCUCGCACUGCCGGAGCGCCGAGCUUGUGCAUUGCGACUUGCGCUGGCUGCGGUUAUCGCACCUACUGUGUAUGAUCUAGGAGAACUGCUGGCUCAUCCAAUCCUGGAAUCACUGGAAGGUACUCCGGACGCAUGGGCAUGUGAACUGGUGAAGGCGGUGGCGGCUGGUGAUAUUGUCGCUUUUGAGAAAAUACGUGCCCAGGCUCCUCAUCCAGAACUACAUAAAGCAGAUCGUCAGCUGAGACAGAAAAUUGCUAUCCUCUGCCUGAUGGAGAUGGCGUUCAACCGAACAUCGGCGCAGCGCAAGCUGACGUUCGCUGAGAUAGCGCGCGAGGCUCGAGUGCCCAGAGAUGAGGUGGAACUGCUCGUCAUGAAGGCUCUCGCUGAGAAACUUAUACGAGGCCACAUUGACCAAGUGAGCGAGUGUGUGAGCGUACGCUGGGUGAGACCGCGUGCGCUGAACCGUGCUGGCGCGGCGGCUCUGGCGCAGCGGCUUGACACCUGGUGCACCGCCGUUGCCAGCGCCGCUACCUUACUCUCCCGCGCCGCUCCAGACCUACUCACACUGUGAUCAAGUCAACAUUGCUGCAUUUGAGUCUGAGAAGGCGUAACGCAAUUCAAUCGGUUAAAUUAAAACAAGAGUAAUAAACAUUCAUUAAAAUU